AUGUCAACAACAUGGGGUUCAUCUGCGACUGAGGACAUGGACAGGCAUGUGAGGAUGAGAGGCCUGCUCUUGAGUCUGGUAAGCCCAGUCAUGAUUGGCUACAGGCCUUGUAUGAAAUGCCAUGAUCAUUCAUUCAUUGUUUGUAAGAUUGGACCACUGACCCUUAUCACCAACACUAUCAUCAAGGUAGUCAUAUUAAGGCUGGUGUAUGAGAGGGUUGGCCAUGGCCAUCAGAUAUGAAAUAGAGUUACUUCUAAUGGAAGUGCCUCCACUCUCUCUUUCUCUCUCAGUCUCAGCCUAUAGGGCAGCACACAAUUGGCCCAGCGUCGUCCGGGUUUGGCCGGUGUAGGCCGUCAUUGUAAAUAAGAAUUGUUCUUAACUGACUUGCCUAGUUAAAUAAAGGUAAAUAAAAUAAUAUAUAUGAAUAAUAAUAAUAAUAAUAUAAUAUAAUAAUAAUAAAUAAUAAUAAGGUGAAACGUACUCAUGCAGGUCUUUGUGUUUUUCAUUUGUCAUUGUUGUUAAAUGUGAAGUGGGAAGGUGAGAGAGACUCUCAUGUGCAAGCCCACACACACAGAUCAUAAUUCAUUUGGUGAGCAGCUGUUAUAGAAAAAUUGUUUCACUCAUUUCAUCCAUACAUUUUCAUCCAACAUCAGGCUUGGCUUUCAUUUCAAAUAUUCAGUGAAGUAGUAGUCUCUAUUAUUUGAACGGUCAUAUCCACCAUAUCUGGUGGUGGAAGGUGCUGGUAUGACACGGUUAUUAGCCCUAUUACGCAUCAAAAUAGUCCCACAUGCAGCAUGCCUCCUCUCUGGGUAAAGCUACAUAUCUCCAUUAAUUAAUGUUUACUGCCACCUUGUGUGUCAAAGGUGUCCCUGCAGCAUGUCUAACUAAUAACAAUAACUUUUCUCUAUGAUUUUCAUAGUAUUGAAACAUACCAAAUAAAGGUUUAGUAAAUGUGUAAUAAAUAGCCACGUAAGAGGUAGAAACAAUGAUCUGAGGACCACUACUCAGAGCUUAUGGGAAUUCAGUGGACUUUGUGGUUGACGGAUAUGGGACCAAAAUAAGCUUUAACACAGGAUUGUUAUGGAAACUAUGUGCAUUGACAGUUAAUUCGUGUGACAUUCUGUUAUGAUAAUUAUUUAUCAAACUAUUUCAGUGUCUCUGUGCGUCUCCCAAAAGAGGUUGUAAGUCUUUUGGAUUUAAGAAACGGACAGAGUCCCGGUCUGCAAUAGUCAGAGAUGUAUUCAUUGAGAAUUCUGCCAUCACAAUUUCAGAGUCCAUCUUUUAUACUCAUACGUCAUACAAAAAUCCCUCCUCUCUGUAGGCAGGCUGUAGUUUUCCACUUUAAAACUGCUCUCCUGACCAUCAGUACAACACACACACACACACACACACACACACACCACACAACACCACACACACACACACCACACCACACAACACCACACAACACACACACACACACACACACAACACAUACACACACACACACAUGCACUCUCAAGCCUAACAGUUUCUCUCCUCCCUAAAUUCCUCAGUUAUCUUGGUUUCUCAUUCCCUGUAAAACAGUUCCCUUGUCCUUUUUUUGUCGGUUAACUCUUCCAAAAAUUGCAAAUAGUAGCUCAAUGUCUUUAGUCUUUCCCUGGUCCUACACUCACCUUACCGGGUAGUAGUUUUAACACAUCUCACACAUUUUCGGAGUAUAAAUUAGUCACAAAAGAAAGUUAAUCAACUUAAAAAAAACAUUUAAAAACUUAUUUUAAAGGGGGGAACAUUUAGUCAUUUUUUUUUAACCCCUGAAAUAUAUUUUUUUAUUUUAAAACCCACCCUUUUGACUAAAUUAUCCACACUUCAUACACAGAAAUCAUUACAAAAAAUUUUUUAAACUAGAGAUUUAUAGUUUAGGAAAACUCCAGUCUCAAACUAUCUAAAUUUCGUCUUCGUCCCCACCAAGUGGUGGGUCAUAUUUUUAUUUUUGGGGCGGGGGCCGGGUUUUGGGCCCAAAUCUAAACCAUUGCUGUGAUACGAAAUUUUCCCAACAAUUUUGGCUCACCAACCCUCGGACACAGGGAAUAAACAACAUCCACAAAGAACAAGUAAAACCCAUAAAGCUUAGCUGCACCCAGAAUUUUUACAACAAUUUUUUUCCUUUUUACCAAACAUUUAUAAAACCCAACCCAGUAUUUUUUUUAUUCACCCCCCAGUUCUCAGCCCAUUCUUUACUUAAUGCAGUAGACUGCCAGUGCUCUAUUUUACUGCCAUUGGGGCUGUUUUUUUUGGGGAUAACAAAAAACAAUACCCCCCCACCAUUUUGAAAUCCGCCCUUCUCUCUAAAAGCUUUUGAGAACCAAAAAUUCUGCGGGCUGAGUGAGGUGGGGGAUUUUGGGCCCUUUAGUUUUCUUUUCACCGCAUCCCUUGUCUAAUUUAAACGAACCUUUUGUAGAGGGAAAUUUAAACCCAGUCAACAGGGUUUUAUCAGGGAAAACCCCCCAUAAAAAGUUUUUUGUCCCCCUUUCUCAAUUGAUCUGUGAUCGAAUUAUUUUUGGUGCUAUAAAAAAAAUUUUGAUUCCCCCGGGGGUUAAUGGUGAAUUGGGGUGCCUUAGUAUUAUCCUUUUUAAGAGUGGUUAUUUUAAUAUCAGAACAAUUAGGUGAGGUUUGGUUUGAUCCCAAAUCUAUCACACAAGAGAACAAUUAGUUUGACCCAAUGCCCUAGCUGUGUAGUUCAUCCACCUUUCCCAGAAGUUCUCAUUUGAAAUUCCUUCUACUUCUCCUUGGUUCAUUUCCUGCAAGAGGAAAUAUUCUACCCUUGGUGGUUUAGUGCUAUUUAGGAUUCCUUCUGAGGGCCUUCCAAGGGGUAUUAGACUAGUUUUUUGAUACCUCUGGUGAUAACAUUAGAUCUACCUGCUGUUCUGUCUCGGGGGUGGAAGAUUCAUUUCUCUCCUGAAAAAUGAGCCUCACACAUGUAUUUGCCCCGACAUCAUCAACACAGACCCAAUAAUUUCCUUGCUAUGUCAUCUUGCAUAAUUUACUUUACCGUUAUCACCAGUUCCGUUUUACAUUUAUCAUGGGUUUGUUUAAUUCCCCAUCGGUGUACUGCGUCCAUUCCAUUCUCAUAGUAUGUUCCCCCAGGUAUGUUUAAACACCCUUGCCCAAGGACAUGAGCGUUCCCCAGUGCAAAUGUAUUUACCAUACCCUCUAGGACCUAACUUUCUUGUACACGCCCCCUUCUUACCAAAGCCCCCAAAACCUCCUAUCUCUUCAUGGGAGAAGUCGAAUGGUAUCUUGAAUCCCCCAUCUUGUCCUAAACUGACUUUAACUAUUAAAAUAAUAAAUCCCCCAAUAGUCUUUCUUGGUUUCAGUAUUUCUACGAGAUCGAAUCAGUGCAUAAUUUCCCUGUUUAGGUUGACCUGGAUUAAUCCAUAAUAUGGUUAACAUGAUGAUGCAGCUCAGAGUCCCCCAAAAUCCCCAAACCGCCAUCCCAAUCCUGUCCCUGACCCACCUGCCUGGUACUUCCCCAUACCCACACCUCUAUAAAACACCCCACAGUGAUGAAAGGUUGGGGUAGGGUUUCUUCGUUAACAGAGUUUACCCCCGAACCCUAGUGGUUCAGUUCUUCUCUUUAACUCUGUGUGUGUUCAACGGUGUUGGUAUGUGGGCCUACCUUUUUGCAGUGGGUAACGUGGACCCAAGUGGCUCUCUCAGCUAUUCUUAUAGCGAAGGCAGUUACCAAUAGGACUUGGUAUGGUCCCUCCCAGCGUGACUGCUUUCAAUCCUUUUUCCUCAACGAUUUGGAUCCACACCCAGUCUCCAGGUUAUAUAUUAUGAAUCACCUUCUCCUUUAAUUCUCCUGUAGGACACAAAUUCUUAGACAUACGGUUAACGAACAAUUUUCUCAUGUGUUCUGCUAGUGUAUUCUAUAGUUCUAUGUCUGCCUGUUCUGGUCCUGCCAACUGUGGCAUUCUGUAAGGUCUUCCAAACACUUUCUCAAAGGGGGAUAACCCAUCUUUAUCUGGGGUUACUCUAAAUUUCUUCCCUUCACUCUGUGAUAACUCUAUAAAAUCCAUUUCCAAUUGCUGGAAGGGGUACUUAACCGGAGGAUACUCACCCUGAGGUGCCCUUUGUCUGCCCUGGUGAUUAUUUUGAGCACAGAUAACACAUCUUGAACAAUUUUUUUUAUUUUAUUUUUUUUUUAUAAUUUGUAAUCCCAUAUGCAACAAAGUGUUGUCUAAUCUGCUCUACCAUCCAUCCCUCCCGUUGACACAUGGCUCUGCCCGUGUGUCAAUAUUGCAGCAUAUCUAAACAGUAAUUUCGGGAGAAUUGGUAAACUGUCUUUGACCCAUAUUCCUUCCUUAUUUCUGCGCCUUGCUUCACCCAUCUGUGAACUUCCUUAAUUGGGGCCCUACUGUAGCUCUCUAUAAGUAGAUCUCUAUCUAUCAAAACUUCCUAUUUUGACAGCUGACUGGGACCAGAGAAGUGUUUUAACCCUGCUGACAACAUUUGAUAAUACCUCAACUUACUUCUAUCCCGUAAAAGUAAUCCAAGAUUAGUACAAUUUACUAGCAACAGGUAUCCCUCAUUCAGGGAAAGCUCUCUCUCUCUUCUGUUAUUUUAUGGUUCGAAUCAUAUAUAUUAUUACCAAAUUAUACAUUUCUUCACACUUUUCACAAUCCUAUAAAUUACCCUCAACUUGGUAAAAUAAACUAUCUUAACGUCCUCCUCUCAUGCCUUUAGAAUUUACCAGUGUGGAUGAUCAAUUAACACCAGAAAGUCAAAACAGAGUUCAGAGGCCAUUGAAAUCAUUCAACGAACUGUUCCAUCCCAUAGUAUACUAAACAUUACCAUCAUUCUAAAUAUUUCAUAAAUGUUACUUAUCCCAAGAGUUCAUUAAGUCCUCAUGACAUUUAUUCUCAUAAGAAAUCAUAUAUACCCUAAACUCAGUCAAAACAGAAAAACUCCAUAAAAUUCACUGUGUGCUCCUUUAAGACUUAUCACCUUUGACCUGUUGAAACCCCCCUAAAAUUGAAAUAUCAACCCUUUAUUAACAUCAUACUAGGUGUGUUGUAUUUUAUUUGAAAAACCCAAUUGAAAAACAACAACCAAAAAUAGCCAGGCCCCACUUAAUUUGGUAGCUCCACUAAACUGCUCCCCCUAUCCCUGGGCAACAUUCCAAUGAGAUAAGCGAAUCUCUUUCUCCUGGAAGAGAAAUUAUUCAUUUAGUUAACCUUCAAUUACCAUCAGUAAUCUAAAGAUGGUAAGUACACACAAAACAUGAUACAGAUAUCCCCAGUCCUAACUCAUCAAUAAUCGUUUGUAUCAAUAUAAUUCCUCAUAACUAAUCCAUAAAACCACUCAAAAUUCCUCGAGUAUACAAUGAUUAUGUUUAAUUGAUUACCCUUCAGAUCAUAUCCUCUUUAAAUCUCACAAUGAUUAUUGAGUCCCUAAAUCUGCUCCAUGUGAUCCCAUAUCAAAUGAUCCAUUAUCGUUUAUUUGAUCAACACCUUAGGAAAAUCUGUUUCCCCUUCUAUUGUUCCUGUCGCCCCUGUAAAUGUCAUAUUUCAUUCAUUUGCCAAUACAAUUGAAACUUACAUACUCCGUGUAAGUAAGACAUUAUAUUUUAUCCCAGGCAUCCCCUUAACAUAAUGCUAUAGGAGACUUCCAUCAAUCCUGGAAGACACUGUAUAAUACCACGUUUCAUUAAGUUCACUACACCUUCUAAUAUAAACCUAUAACUCCUUUCUAUUAAUCUACUGAUUUAAACCUGUUGCAUUAAUUUAUUAAAAUAUAAACCUAUUGUUUAAUAAAUCCACUGUUUGCAUUGAACACAUCUCUCAGUCUCUCUAGGUAUUGACUAAUAAUCUCACUGUCUCCCUGCUUACACUCGUGGACUUUGGAGAAGUUGGCAUGUCUGUGACAAUAUUCUCUCAGAUUAUCAGAGUUGUGCCAAUUUAUCUCCAUAAGCCCCUCCUGCUGCCCACUCUAGAACCGGCACAUUCCCAUCUCCGGGAACCCAGUUUCCUCUCACUGCCGCCCAGUCCUUUAACACUAUCUGUCUGACUGCCCUCUCUAGUUCCCCUGUAUUCAGCUUAAAGCUGGCGGUCAGCCCUUCCAUAUCUCUUCUGAACUGGUGUACCCCCGUCCUAGGGUGGGGUAUCCCUUCCACUGCUCUCACUACAUCUCUCUGCUUCAUUUACUAAAUCCUGGCAGUAGUAAAUACUAUCCACACACCACCAAAAACGAAUAACAUAUUUGCAUACACAUAACUAGAAAGCAUGAAUUUAAUGCCAUUCUUGCUUAAACAAUGCAAUUCAACAUUUCUCAUCACCCAAUUUCUAUUACUUUUUUUUCACACAGGAAACCCUGUACAAUCUCUCUCCUCUAUUGCUGACUUUCCAUCUAACAUUACUUUUCAACAUUUCUCAAAUCUAAUUACCUCUGUUAUCGACUAAAAUUAUAGCCACCUCUUAUAAAAACCCCAAUCUGUCAUUGUUUAGAAUACAGCAGAUAUAGGUAACUGUCCUUUCUAAGUAGGCUACAAAUAACACCAAACACAUGCUGUAGUUGACCAGCAUAUAUUGAAUUUAUCUCCAUAGUAUUAAUAUCCAAUGUAGUGAUUGACGUUCCUUAAUGGAAACCCUAAAUUGGCUUUGUACAAUAUUAUAUUAAUUAUGUCUCACCCAUGACGUAUGUCUACGUUUGGGUGAGCAAGUUAAUAUAUAAUUAUUAUUCCAAUUAUUAUUUUAUGAAGUCUCUAGCCUCUCAUUCAACACAAAUCCCCAUCAUCAAAUAUACUCCCAGCAGAACUAAAAAAAAAAACAGACUGUGAUUUCCAGGACACUGCUCCUUUGUUCUGGCCUCACUAUCUCUCUGAGAGUUGGCGCUCCCUUAAGGUCUCUCUUACUCCUCUUUCUCUCUCCCAAUCUGCUCUUGGUAAACUGCAUACUUUUUUAACCUCAAUAUGUGUUGCUGUGCCUUUCUCCACCCUAUCAAAGUAUUUUUAAUGGUCCUGCUUAUCUCUGGUCUCAUUCCACUGAGGAAUGCUAUAUUUUAAAUUGCUGAUGGUAGGGCGUAUCAUUCCCCUGUCUCUGGUCUAGCUCGGGUAUGCCACUGUUUGCGUUAAACACAUCUUUAACCCUCUCUAUGUACUGGCUGACAGUCUCACUAUCCUCUUGUUUACACUUAUGUACUUUAGAGAAGUCUGCAUGACGAUGGUAAUGUUCUCUGAGGCUAUUACACUAUUCAGUUAUUUUCCCAACAUACUCUCCGUGAUCGGCCCAUGGCAAAAGUGCCCUCCGGGCAUCCCCUGAAACCCAUUGCCCUCUAACGGCAGCCCAAUCCUUACUAUUCCUGUUUUUGGGUACGUCAUUCCUUCUACCGCUAUGGCCACGUUCCUCUGUGUUCAUGGCCUGUAUACAUCUAAAUUUGCUGGGGCCCCUUUCAUUCCCCGCCAAUAGAUUAGGUAAGGCUAUCAGUGGGUACUAGCCCCCUUCUACUCUCUCAUCUCCUGACUCAUACUGACUCCCUCCUGAGCUUAGCUCUGAAUCCUCCUGUUCGUCUCUUUUCUAUUUCUUUAGAUCAUUACCACAAUUUACAUGCAUUUGUUUAAUCAUGGACUCUAGUUUAAUUACUCUCUUUUCUGUUUAAUUUAGAUCAGUACCACAAUUUACAUGCAUUUGUUUAAUCAUGGAUUCCUGUUUAAUUACAUCAAGUCGCCCAGUAAAGCCAUUUUUUUUCUUCCAAUUAGGUAAAUAAUACACAUUUCGUUUGUCUCUAAUUUCCAUGUAUUUCUCGUCCCCAGUAAAUUCUGGGACCUCUUGUGAGGAUUUGCCUCCCAUGGUUGGUACUGUUAAAAAUCCCUUAGCCACCUCUUCUAUAUAACAAGUUAUUCAAAACAGUUUCACACAACAAUUGGAAUCACCCCUUCCUGUAUACAGUGGGGGGGAAAAGUAUUUAGUCAGCCACCAAUUGUGCAAGUUCUCCCACUUAAAAAGAUGAGAGAGGCCUGUCAUUUUCAUCAUAGGUACACGUCAACUAUGACAGACAAAUUGAGAAUAAAAAAAUCCAGAAAAUCACAUUGUAAGAUUUUUAAUGAAUUUAUUUGCAAAUUAUGGUGGAAAAUAAGUAUUUGGUCACCUACAAACAAGCAAGAUUUCUGGCUCUCACAGACCUGUAACUUCUUCUUUAAGAGGCUCCUCUGUCCUCCACUCGUUACCUGUAUUAAUGGCACCUGUUUGAACUUGUUAUCAGUAUUAAAGACACCUCUCCACAACCUCAAACAGUCACACUCCAAACUCCACUAUGGCCAAGACCAAAGAGCUGUCAAAGGACACCAGAAACAAAAUUGUAGACCUGCACCAGGCUGGGAAGACUGAAUCUGCAAUAGGUAAGCAGCUUGGUUUGAAGAAAUCAACUGUGGAAGCAAUUAUUAGGAAAUGGAAGACAUACAAGACGACUGAUAAUCUCCCUCGAUCUGGGGCUCCACGCAAGAUCUCACCCCGUGGGGUCAAAAUGAUCAGAAGAACGGUGAGCAAAAAUCCCAGAACCACACGGGGGGACCUAGUGAAUGACCUGCAGAGAGCUGGGACCAAAGUAACAAAGCCUACCAUCAGUAACACACUACGCCGCCAGGGACUCAAAUCCUGCAGUGCCAGACGUGUCCCCCUGCUUAAGCCAGUACAUGUCCAGGCCCGUCUGAAGUUUGCUAGAGUGCAUUUGGAUGAUCCAGAAGAGGAUUGGGAGAAUGUCAUAUGGUCAGAUGAAACCAAAAUAGAACUUUUUGGUAAAAACUCAACUCGUCGUGUUUGGAGGACAAAGAAUGCUGAGUUGCAUCCAAAGAACACUAUACCUACUGUGAAGCAUGGGGGUGGAAACAUCAUGCUUUGGGGCUGUUUUUCUGCAAAGGGACCAGGACGACUGAUCCGUGUAAAGGAAAGAAUGAAUGGGGCCAUGUAUCGUGAGAUUUUGAGUGAAAACCUCCUUCCAUCAGCAAGGGCAUUGAAGAUGAAACGUGGCUGGAUCUUUCAGCAUGACAAUGAUCCCAAACACACCGCCCGGGCAACGAAGAAGUGGCUUCGUAAAAAGCAUUUCAAGGUCCUGCAGUGGCCUAGCCAGUCUCCAGAUCUCAACCCCAUAGAAAAUCUUUGGAGGGAGUUGAAAGUCCGUGUUUCCCAGCGACAGCCCCAAAACAUCACUGCUCUAGAGGAGAUCUGCAUGGAGGAAUGGGCCAAAAUACCAGCAACAGUGUGUGAAAACCUUGUGAAGACUUACAGAAAAUGUUUGACCUGUGUCAUUGCCAACAAAGGGUAUAUAACAAAGUAUUGAGAAACUUUUGUUAUUGACCAAAUACUUAUUUUCCACCAUAAUUUGCAAAUAAAUUCAUUAAAAAUCCUACAAUGUGAUUUCCUGGAAUUUUUUUCCUCAUUUUGUCUGUCAUAGUUGACGUGUACCUAUGAUGAAAAUUACAGGCCUCUCUCAUCUUUUUAAGUGGGAGAACUUGCACAAUUGGUGGCUGACUAAAUACUUUUUUUCCCCACUGUAGGUACUAGUCCCCCAGAAUUAUCUCCUACUCUACGGAGGAAUUCAUCCCCACAAUGUAAUCUUGAUAAUUCCUGACAGUCUCAUACAACAGGAAUGGGUUCUCCCUCUUCUCUAUACAACCACCUGGAAUUAUUCAUAGAUGUGACUUUUGAGCAAAUAUUAGGUCUCACACGUAUACAACCUUACAUGAUUAUUGGUUAACACUAUCGGUAACCCGGAGUUUGUAAGGCUUCAGUUUCAUGAAACGGAUAGAGUUACGGCAAAAUCUACAGUUGUUUGUGACUUUUGACUUUACUAAUAUUCUAUUUCUCACACAUGCUAUUUUAAUUCCUUCUGGUGUACUUUUUGUAUUUGUUUAACCCGGAUUAUUUGUUGACUGUUAUAUAAUCUCUUACAGGUUACAUCCCUUAGGUGUACUUUUAAUAGUUCCUUCUAUUUCAACACCGGGUAGUUUAUUUUGGUAAUGGCCUAUUACCGUGAAUCGUUACGGACCCACCAACAUUUCACUUAAAAUGGCUACGCAUUGAUCAAUUUGCUACUUUAAAUUAUGACGUUCCCUCAGUCAAUAUUUUAGCAAGUUCUCAAAUCAAUUUCACCAAGUAAUGAAUAAAGACUACUGACCUUAUCCUUGAAGCCGAGAUUCAAUGUAGGUUUGGAUUCCGUCACCAUCUCUGUCAUUAAUCAGGUGUCCUCUGGCCUGUCUUAACCCUUAAUGUCAAAGGGCAGGACUUUCUAUUUACGAAUGUAUCAUUCACCCGUCGACGGUUUUCAGAGUUACCUGGAAUGACAGAGGCAGGUAUUGGGUUCCGGCUCAGAAGGACCAAGCUGUUAUGAGAAUUAUUUAACAAACUAUUUCAGUGUCUCUGUGCGUCUCCCAAAAGGUUGUAAGUCUUUUGGAUUUAAGAAACGGACAGAGUCCUGGUCUGCAUAGUCAGAGAUUUAUUCAUUGAGAAUUCCCUACUGGAUUGGCUGUUUCUACUGGGCACAGAUGUCAGUUCAACAUCUAGUUUUGAGUUUUCAACUAACGUGAAUUCAACUUGAAAUCAACAAAAAGGUCACAAUGUCAUUGGAUUAAGGUUAAAAGUUGGGUAAAAAAAAUACGAGUACUUUUUGCAAAUCCAAUCAGUUUUCCAUGUUGAUUCAACAUUAUUACAGUGAUUUUUUGUUGUUGAAAUAACUUGGAAACAAUGUUGCUUCAACCAGUUUUGGGCCAUAGGGUUGAUACCUAGCAGUACCUAGCAUGCUUGCUAGCACCCACACGAGAGCGAAGCUAGCGUGGCUAUCAGUAUAGUGGAUCACUGCUAGGGCUCUAUUCAAUCCUUAUCACCGAAAUUCAGCACUAAAGCCCAAUUGAAAUUUAAAGGCAAUGUUCCUGCGUCGGUGGAGAUUGCAUUCGCGGUAAACGCUGCUUAUGUCGGCUUAAUCGGAAAUUACCUGUACAUUUUGUAUCACAAAAUCUGUAACAUUUCAGCGAUACGGAUUGAAUAGAGCCCUAAAUGUCUUGCUGUUCUCAGUGUACCGUUGUUCUGGAAAAUACGUACAAUGCCAAGAAUAGAGAUUUUAAUGUGAGGCUACAAACACUAAGGUUGUGUCCCAAACAAUGUUCCUUCUAUUUGUUUUAGGCACUGAGCAAAUUUAUGUUCUGCUGAACGCAAACUUGAAUGUUGUGAAGAUGCUGUGCAACUUCCAGAGUGCGUUUACUGUGAACACUGAGGCUGUACCUACCCCCCGUAUCACAAUUCCAGUGGGUCAGAAGUUUACAUACACUAAGUUGACUGUGCCUUUAAACAGCUUGGAAAAUUCCAGAAAAUGAUGUCAUGGCUUUAGAAGCUUCUGAUAGGCUAAUUGACAUCAUUUGAGUCAAUUGGAGGUGUACCUGUGGAUGUAUUUCAAGGCCUACCUUCAAACUCAGUGCCUCUUUGCUUGACAUCAUGGGAAAAUCAAAAGAAAUCAGCCAAGACCUCAGGAAAAUAUUUGUAGACCUCCACAAGUCUGGUUCAUCCUUGUGAGCAAUUUCCAAACCCCUGAAAGUACCACGUUCAUCUGUACAAACAAUAGUACGCAAGUAUAAACACCAUGGGACCACGCAGCCAUCAUACCGCUCAGGAAGGAGACGCGUUCUGUCUCCUAGAGAUGAACGUACUUUGGUGCGAAAAGUGCAAAUCAAUCCCAGAACAACAGCAAAUCAAAUCAAAUCAAAUCAAAUCAAAUUUUAUUGGUCACAUGCGCCGAAUACAACAGGUGCAGACAUUGCAGUGAAAUGCUUACUUACAGCCCUUAACCAACAGUGCAUUUAUUUUAAACAAAAAAAAGUAAGAAUAAAACAACAACAACAAAAAAGUGUUGAGAAAAAAAGAGCAGAAGUAAAAUAAAGUGACAGUAAGGAGGCUAUAUAUACAGUAAAAUAAAGUGACAGUAGGGAGGCUAUAUAUACAGGGGGGUACCGUUGCAGAGUCAAUGUGCGGGGGCACCGGCUAGUUGAGGUAGUUGAGGUAAUAUGUACAUGUGGGUAGAGUUAAAGUGACUAUGCAUAAAUACUUAACAGAGUAGCAGCAGCGUAAAAAGGAUGGGGUGGGGGGGCAGUGCAAAUAGUCCGGGUAGCCAUGAUUAGCUGUUCAGGAGUCUUAUGGCUUGGGGGUAGAAGCUGUUGAGAAGUCUUUUGGACCUAGACUUGGCACUCCGGUACCGCUUGCCGUGCGGUAGCAGAGAGAACAGUCUAUGACUAGGGUGGCUGGAGUCUUUGACAAUUUUGAGGGCCUUCCUCUGACACCGCCUGGUAUAGAGGUCUUGGAUGGCAGGGAGCUUUGCCCCAGUAAUGUACUGGGCCGUACGCACUACCCUCUGUAGUGCCUUGCGGUCAGAGGCCAAGCAGUUGCCAUACCAGGCGGUGAUGCAACCAGUCAGGAUGCUCUCGAUGGUGCAGCUGUAGAAUUUUUUGAGGAUCUGAGGACCCAUGCCAAAUCUUUUUAGUCUCCUGAGGGGGAAUAGGCUUUGUCGUGCCCUCUUCACGACUGUCUUGGUGUGUUUGGACCAUGAUAGUUCGUUGGUGAUGUGGACACCAAGGAACUUGAAGCUCUCAACCUGUUCCACUACAGCCCCGUCGAUGAGAAUGGGGGCGUGCUCAGUCCUCUUUUUUUUCCUGUAGUCCACAAUCAUCUCCUUUGUCUUGGUCACGUUGAGGGAGAGGUUGUUGUCCUGGCACCACACGGCCAGAUCUCUGACCUCCUCCCUAUAGGCUGUCUCAUCGUUGUCGGUGAUCAGGCCUACCACUGUUGUGUCGUCGGCAAACUUAAUGAUGGUGUUGGAGUCGUGCAAAGGACCUUGUGAAGAUGCUGGAGGAAACAGGUACAAAAGUAUCUAUAUCCACAGUAAAACAAGUCCUAUAUCGACAUAACCUGAAAGGCCGCUAAGCAAGGAAGAAGCCACUGCUCGAAAAGCCAUAAAAAACCCAGACUACGGUUUGCAACUGCACAUGGGGACAAAGAUUGUGCUUUUUGGAUAAAUGUCCUCUGGUCUGAUUAAACAAAAAUAGAACUGUUUGGCCAUAAUGACCAUCGUUAUGUUUGGAGGACAAAGGGGGUCCCUUGCAAGCCGGAGAACACCAUCCCAGCCGUGAGGCACGGGGGUGGCAGCAUCAUGCUGUGGGGGUGCUUUGCUGCAGGAGGGACUGGUGCACUUCACAAAAUAGAUGGCAUCAUGAGGAAGGGAAAUUAUGUGGAUAUAUUGAAGCAACAUCUCAAGACAUCAGUCAGGAAGUUAAAGCUUGGUCGCAGAUGAGUCUUCCAAACCUGACUCAGUUACACCAGCUCUGUCAGGAGGAAUGGGCCAAAAUUCACCCAACUUAUUGUAGGAAGCUUGUGGAAGGCUACCCGAAACAUUUGACCCAAGUUAAACAAUUUAACGGCAAUGCUACCAAAUACUAAUUGAUUGUACAGUGCUAUGAAAAGGUAUUUGCCCCCUUUCUAAUUUUCUCUACUUUUGCAUAUUUGUGAAACUGAAUGUUAUCAGAUCUUCAACCAAAGCCUAAUAUUAGAUAAAGGGAAUAUAAGUGAACAAAUAACACAACAAUUACAUAUUUAUUUCAUAAACAAAGUUAUGCAACACCCAAUUCCCCUGUGUGAAAAAGUAAUUGCCCCCUUAGGCUCAAUAACUGGUUGUGCCACCUUUAGCUGCAAUGACUCCAACCAAAUGCUUCCUGUAGUUGUUGAUCAGUCUCUCACGUCGCUGUGGAGGAAUGUUGGCCCACUCUUCCAUGCAGAACUGCUUUAACUCAGUGACGUGUGGGUUUUCAAGCAUGAACUGCUCGUUUCAAGUCCUGCCACAACAUCUCAAUUGGGAUAAGGUCUGGACUUUGACUAGGCCAUUCCAAAACUUCCAAUUUGUUGCUUUUUAGCAAUUUUCAUGUAGACUUGAUUGUGUGUUUUGGAUCAUUGUCUUGCUGCAUCACCCAGCUGCUCUUCAGCUUCAGCUCACAGACGGAUGGUCUGACAUUCUCCUGUAGAAUUCUGCAUAUUUAGUUUUGCAUACUAAGGCUUGCAUAAUUCGUUUUGUUUCGGUAUGUAUAAUUGAAAGUGGCUAAUACUGCGUUGAUUCAAUCAUAAUUCCCAAAAUAAAGGGAAAUGUUGAAAAUGUUGACUAAGAGGGAAAACUCUAGUGCAGCUUAGAGGGAAUAUUGGUCCCAAAUGGGCCCUGGUCAAAUGUAGUGUACUACAUAGGGAAUAGAUGUAGUGUACUACAUAGGGAAUAGAGUGCCAUUUGGGAUGCAUCCACACUGCUACUUCUGAUUCACUGAUAGAAAAAACCUUAUGUGUUACCCUACUCAUCAGUACAUAUUGUACCAGCAUACUGUAGCCAGCUCUCUUGUUAUGAUAUCACCUCAAGCCCAAGACAAACUAUUACUGGUAGUUCUAGUCCAUGUACAUUAUACGCCUCUGUUUAUUUAACUAGGCAAGUCAGUUAAGAACAAAUUCUUAUUUACAAUGACGGCCUACACUAGCCAAAUCCAGACGACAAUGGGCCAAUUGUGCGCCGCCCUAUGGGACUCCCAAUCAUGGCCGGUUGUGAUACAGCCUGGAAUCAAACCAGGGGGUCUGUAGUGACACCUCAAGCACUGAGAUGCAGUGCCUUGGACCGCUGCGCCACUCGGGAGCCCUCUGUCAGUAGACAUAAGAUAGAAAAUGUGUUUGUGAGCAAUAAUUGUAGCAAUAUAGCAGUAUGCAAGGAGUGUGGUUAUAGCCUCCUCCCUUUGUGGUGAUGAGAUUGCAGACUUUGUCGUUUUUACAGACGUGGCACAGAGUAUCUGGUAUUUAAACAUAAAUAUUUAUUGGGAGAUGUAAAUAAAAAAAAAUAAAAAAAAUCUCUGACAGUGGUAUUCAAACUUUUUCAGCGGGGACCCCAUUCUUUCCACCAGAAUGUAUACUUUUACAUCAAUAAAUAACCUUAAAUUCAUCACAUUUUCAUCUCUUAUCAAAAUUAAAAGAAACCACAAAAACAUUUUACUUAAUAACAUUUUAUUUUUUACAUUUAUAUUUCUCAAAAACGUUUGUAUUGUCCCAUAAAAUAAUCUGUACUCUAUUAUUAUUAUUUUUAUUAUUUUUUUAUUUGGGGGGGGGGGUGACCCCACUGCAGUUCCCCUAGGGGGUCACGCCCCCAACUUUGUAUACCACUGCUGUAUAGCAUGUUCCAAUUAAGCAAUAAGACCCGAGGGGGUGUGGUAUAUGGCCAAUAUACCACCGCUAUAUUGGCCAUAUACUGUGUGCCUGGAUACAGCCCAUAGCCGGAUACAGCCCAGGACAGGGGUGUCAAACUCAUUUUAGCUCAGGGGCCACAUGGAGGAAAAUCUAUUCCCAAGUGGGCCGGACCGGAAAAAUCAUGGUAUAUAUAACUUAAAAACAACAACUUCAGAUUGUUUUCUUUGUUUUAAUACGAUCAACAUACAACAUAAAGCUGGAGCCUGAGGACAGUGUGUCCAAAAUAGUACAAGCACAACAUCACUAUUAAUCAUAAAACACGUCAAGUUUAUUUGAAAAUUCUAAAGAAAAAGAACACCCAAACACACAAUGCCUCAGUGAUUAACAGAACUGUUUCACAGAUCACAGAACUAUAUCAGGGUGUCAUUUCUCAGGCAGAAAUGUAGAUAAAAAUAAUGAAAUCCUGUUCCCCAAACAAGUGCAAGAACCACAGAGUCAAGAAUAGGUUAAAUAUACAAAUAAAAUAAAAUCAAUUAAAAACAAUAGCACAUCAACAUAAAAACAUAUAAACAUAAAGCUGGAGCCUGAGGACAGUGUCCAAAAGCACAACAUCACUAUUAAUCAUAAAACACCUCAAGUUAUUUGAAAGUUCUGAGGACAAAGAACACACAAACACACAAUGCCUCAGUGAUUCACAGAAGUAUAUCACAGAUCACAGAACUAUAUCAGGGUGUCAUUUCUCAGGCAGAAAUGUAGAUAAAAAUAAUGAAAUCCUGUUCCCCAAACAAGUGCAAGAACCACAGAGUCAAGAAUAGGUUAAAUAUACAAAUAAAAUAAAAUCAAUUAAAAGCAAUAGCACAUCAACAUAAAAACAUAUAAACAUAAAUCUGAAAGCGUUGCUCAAACUCCCGUAACAGUCCCGUUAUUUUAUCUUUGAACCGCUUCAUGUCUGCCACAUGUUGGGUCGCGCACACAUUUUUCAGACAGGGGAAGUGAGCUGCAUCACCACCGGCAAGUUGCGUCUCCCACAAUGACAGCUUCAACUUGAAAGAACGUAUGCUGUCAUAAUACUGCGUGACAACUUUGUUGCGCCCUUGCAGCUGUUUGUUCAAGUUAUUCAGGUGCUCUGUAACAUCCACCAUAAAUGCAAGGUCCGGCAUCCAUUCUGCGGAAUGAAAUUCUAACACUGGUUUGCCCUUUUCUUCCAUGAACUGUUCAAUUUCUUCUCGUAAAUCAAAGAAACGCCUCAGCACAGCACCUCGGCUUAACCAUCUUACCUCAGUGUGGUAUGGCAGGCCAUAGAUGUGGUCUUUCUCUCUGAGAAGGCUGUCAAACUGACGGUGAUUCAGGCUUCUGGAUCGGAUGAAAUUAACAGUUUGGAUGACCACCUUCAUGACGUUAUCCAUCUUUAAUGACUUGCAACACAAAGCCUCCUGGUGCAAAAUACAGUGAAAAGUCAAAAAAUCACGUCCUCCAUUUGCAGAUUGCACUUUCUCUCUGAACUUUGUCACAACGCCUGCUUUUUUCCCGAUCAUUGAGGGCGCACCAUCUGUAGCCAGGCUGACAGCGCGGGACCAGUCCACUCCGACCCUGUCCAGCGCGCCGACGAGUGCGGUAAAAAUAUCAGCUGCUGUCGUUGUAUCUGUCAUCGGCACCAACUCCACGAACUCCUCGGUGACGGUCAAUGUGUCAUCAACUCCGCGGAUGAAAAAAUGGCCAGUUGUGCAACAUCUGUAAUGUCCGUGCUUUCAUCAAUUGCAACCGAAAACGCAAUAAAUGACUUUACUUUUUGCUUCAACUGGCUGUCCAAAUCCACUGAAAGAUCGGAAAUCCUGUCUGCAACUGUGUUUCUUGUCAGGCUGAUAUUUGCAAAAGCCUGCCGCUUUUCAGGGCACACAAUCUCCGCUGCCUUCAUCAUGCAUGUUUUUACAAAUUCACCCUCACUAAAUGGUUUUGAAGCCACUGCGAUUUCAUUAGCAAUGAGGUAGCUAGCUUUCACUGCAGUGUCACUGAUGUCUCGGCUGUGAGUAAACACAGACUGCUGUUUCUUCAGACCCGCCAACAGUUCAUUCACCUUCUCUCAUCUCCGCUGUCCUUGAAAGUUGUCAUAUUUGUUGGCAUGAAGACUCACAUAGUGGCGACGAAGGUUAUAUUCUUUCAGCACUGCAACAUGCUCUGAACACACCAAACAUACAGCUUUCCCAUUCAAUUCCGUGAUUAAAUAGGAUGACCAUUUUUCUUGGAACACUCUGCACUCUGCGUCCACUUUUCUCUUUUUUGACAGAGACAUAUUGGGGCAAUGAGGGUGCCAAAGCACAUAAUGUUAAAAGUAGAAGCCGUAAUAAAUAUCGCGGGCAAAACAAAGUAGCUCAUUGGCUGCACGUGCUUGACCUACUUGCUCUGCCCCGGUAUAAACAGUUUGCUUGCUUAACACAAUUGCUAUUGCGCCAUCCAGUGGACGCAAUUGGAACAGCAGUUUAUUUUAUAGAAAAAUUGCAUUUUUAUACUUUCCAAAAAAAAAAUCAUUUUUUUUUCCAAAAUCAUCUCGCGGGCCGGAUUAAACCCGUUUGCGGGCCUGAUCCGGCCCGCGGGCCGUACGUUUGACACCCCUGGCCCAGGAUAUAGCCAUGGAUACAGCCUUUAGCCGUGGUAUAUUGGCCAUUUACCACAUAUAUUGGCCAUAUACCACAAACACCCAAAAUGCCUUAUUGCUGUUAUAAACUGGUUACCAACCAGUUUGGCAGCGGGAAGAUGUUUUGGGGUGUAUUUGGCCUAGUGCAGCAAUAAAGGCCUAGUGCAGUAAUUUGGCGAGAACAUUUUUUAUAUUUUAUAUAUUUUUUAUUUCUAUUGUGAUUUAUCAGGGGUGCUUCAGCACCCUCAGCACCCCUACUUCCAGCAGCUAUGCCAUAAUCCAGUGUGUGGGCUGUGAUUUAAUUGAAGAAUUCAGAUAGGAAGAAAUGUUCUUCUUAUGCUGUAAAUCAUCAGUGGUAAAAGCCAAGAAGACACUAUAAUAUUAUAACUAUAGAAUGUGUACAUGGGAAGGCUCAUAUUGCCCUCUUUUGCCCAUAUUACUCUCUCUCUCUCUCUCUUUUAACCCUCCCGUUGUCCUAGGGUCAAUAUGACCCGCCACUGUGUUGAACCAACUUUAUUUAAUUUUUAUAUUUUUUGGAUCAUUUGUGAGAAGGAGGCAGUGAUACUUUCUUUAAAGUCUCACUGCCUCCUUCUCACAAAUGAUCCCCAAAAAUAUAAAAAUUAAAUAAAGUUGGUUCAACACAGUGGCGGGUCAUUUUGACCCUAGGACAACGGGAGGGUUAAAUGCUCCGAUUGGAGAAGAACAGUGUCCACGCCUUCUGGUGCAGUCAGUGAAAGUAGGGGUGAACUUCAGUGUUCUAAUACACUGCGCUGUCAACGAGCAGAUACAAUGGGAGUGCGUGAACUGGUGAAGUGUACAUUUACAUUUACAUUUAAGUCAUUUAGCAGACGCUCUUAUCCAGAGCGACUUACAGUUAGUAUUUUAUUCUACCUCAGCAUCUGUAGUCAUGUUUGUACUGAAGAGUGGGAACUCACGCUGCUUCAUACCAACGAUGUCCACGCACGGGUUGAGGAGACAAACAAGGACUCCGGCAAAUGCACUAAGCCUCCGUGUUUUUCUGGGGUGGCACGGAGAUUUACGAAAAUACAGGAGAUACGGAGCCGAGAGAAAAAUGUGAUGCUGCUGGAUGCAGGCGAUCAAUUUCAAGGAACCGUUUGGUUUAAUGUCUAUAAGGGAGCAGAGGCUGCACAUUUUAUGAACAGACUUGGCUACGAUGCAAUGGUAAACCGUUUAAUCCUAGUUGGAUAUGAAUGAAUAUAAAUAUGGGCUAGUGUUCAGGUACUCAACUACUAUUUGAGAAGGUCCAGUCACACACAUUUCCUGGGUGGCAAAGGUCCUGAUAGAUAAUGUAAUUUAUCGGCUUAGAAACAUACCUGAGUGACAGAAUCAAUAGGGGCCCCCUGGCAUUCGAGGACUCUGGGCACACAAUCUGUCAAUGAUAACUACACGAUUUAGAUAGCUGGUUAGCCUAACUAGUUAACAUGGGCUGGUAGUUGAUCUACUGAACAUUUCUGAGAGUUUAUAAAAAACCUCUCUAAGGUCUGUCAGUGAAUGAGAUAGCAAGAGGAAAACUGCCCAUGCACUACCACAUUUUGUAAUUUUAUGUUGUGCAUUCUACAAUAAAACUCUCAACAGCAGUAGCCUAAAUUGAAAGCCUGACUAAAAAAAGGACUACAAUUCCCAGUGGGACACUGGCCCGGGAAUAAUUCCAGGCAUCUUCAUAUAAUGGUCAGGAAGCCUACCCCAGGAGGACACUGAUUAGUAAUGUAUAAAUACAAGAUAUGUCCAAUCACAGAGAUGUUUUUCAUUCCAUCGGUUGUUAGUAGACAUGUAGCCUCUGCUCCUAGGCUUCGCUAACAAGGUGAGGUCAAAGCCUGUGGCAGAGACAUUAGAUGAAGACAAAUAUUACAUUUCAUUCGAUUCGAUUAGAUAUACUAAUCUACAAAUAUGUCUGUUUGUUUUCUAAGAUGAACUUGGCAGCACAAUAACUAUUGAACAGUAUGGCUGAUUUGUUGCACACUUUGUUAACAGGUGAAAUAUUGUGGAUGACUUUUACCUUUGUUUUGAUUACACAGGAGGUUGGUGGCACCUUAAUUGGGGAGGAUGGGCUUGUGGUAAUGACUGGAGCGGAAUCGGUGGAAUUGUAUCAAAUACAUCAAACACAUGGUUUCCAUGUGUUUGAUGCCAUUCCAUUUACUCUGUUUCAGCCAUUAUUAUGAGCCGUCCUCCCCUAAGCAGCCUCCUGUGGUUUUGAACUACCUUUAUAGGCUCUGGGGAAUCACGAGUUUGACAAUAAAGUGGAGGGACUUAUCAAGCCGUUUCUCCAGGAGGUGAAGUGCACAGUCCUCAGUGCUAACAUCAAAGCAGACGACACAAAAGCCCCACAUAUCAGUGGCCUUUAUUUCCCUUAUAAGGUAUUUGAUGUGGACUCUAAGAAAGUGGGCGUGGUGGGAUACACAUCAAAGGAGACUCCUGCUCUGUCACAAACAGGUACAAUUGAUUGAGGUUUUGAUUGAAGUUUUAGCUCCUCUUUAUCUGUCUUCCUCUGUUAAAGUCACUUCCUCUUCCCCUAAAUCCCUCUAUCCUCUUUUCCUCUAUUGAGCUUCGUUUAUUACAUUGUUAUUCAUAUUCAUGCAUUCUCUCCUCACAAUAAUCCAUAUUGAUCACUCUGUCCAGGUUGCUUCAUAUUUGCUUCAUAUUUUUGUCUUGGAGCAAAUAUGAUUUUAAGAAUGCCUUUCCCUACGUAGCUACAUUUGAGCAUUUCCCUGGUGUAAAACCUUUUUUCUGUUGCAGGACCUAACUUAGUGUUUGAGGAUGAGAUUGAUGCCCUCCAGCCCCAGGUUGACAAACUAAUCACUUUGGGGGUCAACAUGAUCAUCGCCCUUGGUCACUCUGGCUUCGUUACAGAUAAAGAAAUAGCCAGAAGGGUAAAGGGUGUGGAUGUGGUCAUCGGAGGACACAGUAACACUUUUCUGUACACAGGUGUGCCUAAUGUUUACUAUAGACUACUUUAGUUAUUUACAAUCAUAGUAGCUAGCCACUGUAAUUCUUCAGAACACCAUCUGGUAAACUGUCAUAGUUUUUGUAAGGAGCCUACAGUUGAUUUAUUCCAGAACUGAACAUGCAUGUGUUCCUGGGUCCCUGGCUGUCUUCACAGUUUUUCCUCCUCACAAGUGAAAUCAAGUAACAAAAACAGACUGGAAAUGUAAAUGUAAGCGCCAGAGGUUUCCCUCAGCACCGUAGAAACUUCAAAACAACGAGCAUGUUUUAUGUCAAGGAAGUAGGUCUACUAAUAGCUCAGCUAACAAACCCACCAUGCUGUUUCUGUUACACAUGCAGUAGAUGUAUGUAUUUUAUGCCCCAGCAGCUCUUGGCCUAUGAUUGAGACCACCUAAUCCUUAGUUAGUGCAAUUUUAAAAAGCUGAAACGAUGAGUAUCUGCCACUUUUCUUAUCUGCUCUCCGGUGAUGCCAGUCAUAGCCUCGCUCUUUGUUAGCUUCAGCUGUGCUGCUAAGCACUUUUUCCACAGCAGCAGCCAUGAUUCAUGUUGGAAUGUUUCGUUAGGGCCAUUAAACUGUCUGGUUCCCACGCAUGCACAUUCAAUAAGAGAGUGGGUUAAAUUGAGCCAGAGAGGACUAAGUGACUAAGGGAGGGACUAAGAGAGGGAUUAAGUGAUUGCUAUAAGGAUUCCCUUUGAAUGGAGGCCUAUACAGUUCACUUAACUACAGGCCCUGUCUGUGUAAUUCAGGCUUUAAUUGAUGUGGUGGGAAAGCACAGAUAGUAGCAAUGCAAGAAGACUGUAUUGAAUCUUUAUUCACCCCACAGUCAUUUAGGCGUUGUAUAAUUGCAAAGCUGUUACGCAUGAUUACAAUGCAAAUUAUGACUGAUAUUAACAAUGUUAAUUAAUUCCAUUGUUUACAUUCACUGUUUCUAGGAGAACAGCCUUCCUCCGAGGUCCCGGCAGGUCCCUACCCGGUCAUAGUGAGGUCAGAUGAUGGGCGGGACGUCCCUGUGGUGCAGGCCUUUGCCUUUGGGAAAUAUCUGGGUUACCUCAAGGUGACGUUUGACGAAACUGGCAACGUGCUCCAGUCAACAGGCAACCCCAUCCUGCUGGACAGCUCUGUACCAGAGGGUGAGUACAGUACUGCUGAGUAACAUGAGGGGAAGUUGAGAGUCAGUGUGUCCUAAAUGGCACCCUAUUCCCUAUAUAGUGCACAACUUUUGACCAGGACCCAUAGGCGCCCUUUCUUCAGAACACCUGCAUCUGGUAAAACUGUCAUAUGUUUUUGUAAGGAAUUGUGGAACCUACAGUGGAUUUAUUCCAGAACUGAACAUGCAUGUGUCCCUGGCUGUCUUCACAGUUUUCCCUCCUCACAAGUGAUCCAACAGUGAAAUCAAGUAUCAACAACAGAGUGGAAAUGUAAAUGAAAGCGCCAGAGGUUUCCCUCUGACCUCAGCACCAUAGAAACUCCAUAACAACGUAGCCUGUUUUAUGUCCAAUCAAAGGACAUAAAUUCUGCCUCUAGUCCUGUCAAGGAAGUAGUUCUACUUCCCGGGCACAUAGAGAAUAGGGUGCCAUUUGGGACGUACACAGUGAAAUGGACUUCCGAUUGCAUCAGCUGUGACUGUUGUUAAAUUAUCACUUGUGAAAUAACUGUGAAAAUAAUAAGUGUUUCCUGCGUAGAAUGUAGUGCAUGGGAAUAUAUUAGUAUACUUGUAGUGCAUGGUGAUAAACAGUAGUUGUAUACUUGUAGUGCAUGGUGAUACUUGAUUUAUACUGUAGUAUAUCAGUAGUAUCUCUCUCUGUCCACUGUUACUGUAUCUUAAGACAAUGAUAAGUAUGAGUUCACCAUGUUACCGAUCUGCUAGUUUUUCUUAUUGAAAACGUCAACACUGUUAUUAUCACUAUCAGGAUCAUUAUAAUGUACACACGCAUUAGACUUCUUAUAUUGUAUGGAGUAUAUAGUAACUGCAUAUGAUUUCGUCUUGUCAGACCCCAGUAUUCUUGCUGAAGUCAACGAGUGGAAAAAGGCCCUUGCAAAUUACUCCUCCCAGUAUGUGGGGGAGACCCUGGUGUAUCUCAAUGGAACGUUUGAAGAGUGCAGGUUCCGUGAGUGCAACCUGGGAAAUCUAAUCUGUGACGCUAUGGUGAGUUAGAAGUAUUCAGGAAAGCUAACCAAACCAGGUACUUAUGGGCCAGUCUGUAGCCUACUGAUGAAAUCCUCUCUGUUUUUUCUCUGUAGGUACACCACAACAUUAAAUAUGCAGAUGAGCUUCAGUGGAACCAUGUUAGCUCCUGCAUCCUCCAAGGGGGAGCGAUACGGUCAUCCAUAGAUGAACGAAGUCGAAAUGGUGAGUGUGUGUGCCUUUAUGGGUCCGUUUCCUGGACACAGAUUAAGCAUAAUCCUGGACUUAAACAUCCUUUUCAAUUUCUCCAGGACUAGUCUUAAUCUGUGUCCAGGAAACCGGCCCUGUGUGUUUAAGAAAGAGAAUAAACUCCAACAAUGGCUGAGGAAACUGAGUGAAAUGUCUUUUCUUAGGUUCCAUCACGAUGGAAGACCUCAUUGCUGUGUUGCCGUUUGGAGGCACCUAUGAUCUGGUUCAGCUGAAGGGAUCCACUCUGAGGAAGGCUUUUGAGCACUCUGUUAGGAGAUAUGGAGGGAACACAGGGGAAUUCCUUCAAGUAUCAGGUAUCAGACACUGUUUUAUUUUCAUUGGUACAGAGGGUCACAAUAUGACAUCAUGCAGGGGCACAUACACCCUCAGAACAGCCUAAUUCGUCUGGGAAUGGACUACAAGGUGUCAAAGCAUUCCACAGGGAUGCUGGCCAAUGUUGACUCCAAUGCUUCCUACAGUUGUGUCAAAUUGGCUGGAUGUCCUUUGAGGGGUGGACCAAUCUUAAUUUUUUUUUAACAUACAAUCUACCUGCAGUGAAGCCGCUCAACAUUUACAUUACAUUCAAAUAAAAUGAAAUCAAAUUUUAUUUGUCACAUACACGUGUUUAGCAGAUGCUAUAGCGGGUGUAGCGAAAUGCUUGUGCUUCUAGCUCCGACAGUGCAGUAAUAUCAUUGUCAUCUAGCAGAAGCUCCCAUCCAGAGCGACCCACAGGAGCAACCAGGGUCAAGCGCCCCGCCCAAGGGCACGUCGACAGAUCCCCCACUCAGUCGAAUCGGGGUCCCGAACCAUCCAAGAUCCCCCCACAAUUCCCCGCGAGAGCUGCCCCUCAACCAUCCAAGACUCCCCCACAGUCCCCACAGAUCAUUCUUGAUACACACAGGAAACUGUUGAGCGUGAAAAACCCAGCAGCGUUGCAGUUCUUGACACAAACCAGUGUGCCUGGCACCUACUACCAGACCCCAUUCAAAGGCACUUAAGUCUGUCUUGAUCAUUCACCCUCUGAAUGGCACACAUACACAAUCCAUGUUUCCAUUGUCUCAAGGCCUAAAAAUCCUUCUUUAACCCGUCUCCUCCCCUUCAUCUACACUGAUUGAAGUGGAACACUCAGUGCCUUGCAAAAGUAUUCUUCCCCCUUGGCAUUUUUCCUAUUUUGUUGCAUUACAACCUGUAAUUUAAAUUGAUUUUUAUUUGGAUUUAAUGUAAUGGACAUACACAAAAUAGUCCAAAUUGGUGAAGUGAAAUUAAAAAAAUAACUUGUUAAAAAAUGUUCUAAUAAAUAAAUAACAGAAAAGUGGUGCGUGCAUAUGUAUUUACCCCCUUUGCUAUGAAGCCCCUAAAUAAGAUCUGGUGCAACCAAUUACCUUCAGAAGUCACAUAAUUAGUUAAAUAAAGUCCACCUGUGUGCUAUCUAAGUGUCACAUGAUCUCAGUAUAUAUACACCUGUUCUGAAAGGCCCCAGAGUCUGCAACACCACCAAGCAAGCGGCACCAUGAAGACCGGGGGGGGUGAAUAGUUAUGCACGCUCAAGUUUUCAGGAAAGUUUUCUUAUUUUUUGUUUGUUUCACAAUAAAAAAUAUUUUGCAUCUUCAAAGUGGUAGGCAUGUUGUGUAAAUCAAAUGAUACAAACCCCCCAAAAAUCUACUUUAAUUCCAGGUUGUAAGGCAACAAAAUAGGAAAAAUGCCAAGGGGGGUGAAUACUUUCGCAAGCCACUGUAUGUCUAGUAGCUGUCUAUCCCCAAGAGCCUGUGCACCUUUAUUGAAUUUAACUUUUGUUACAUAUUGGUUACAUAUAAAUUAGGUCCUGCAACAGAUUGAGGAAACUGCAUGAGGGAGAGGAAUGAGGACAGGUGUUUGGUCUCCCGCUGUGUUUUGGACUGACUUUAUUUCACUCUUGUAUAAUGUCAAUAGGAUUUCAUGUAGAGUAUGAUAUGUCGAGGCCCCAUGGGGAGCGUGCCAGGAGUAUCAGUGUGCUCUGUACGGACUGCCGGGUGCCUGUCUAUGAGCCUCUGGACGACAGCAGGCUAUACAAGGUGGUCAUGCCCUCAUACCUGGUGGAAGGAGGAGAUGGAUUCUCCAUGAUCAAAGAGGAGAACCUGGCACAUAACAGCGGUGAGCUCACAGAACUGAAUAGAUUAGAACACUAUGGUUGUGUCGCAGAUGGUACCAUAUUCCCUGUAUAGUGCACUACUUUUGAACAGGGCAAUGGUCAAAAGUAGUGCACUAAAUAGGAAACAGGAAAGAGUGCCAUUUGCGACGCAGACAAUCUAUCUCUAUGGGUGAGCUCCUCUGCAGACUCACAACUUCCUUAUGAACAGGAACCCUUUAGGCAUUUUCUGUUGUACAACCAUUACUUAUAAGACCAAGCAAUGUUGGUGAACUGUUGCAUAAGGGUUGAAAAUUUAAGUUUUCUUAACAUCACAUAAACUAUCUGUGUCUGUUUCUCUUUCAGGUGACAUGGACAUAUCGGUGGUGGCCAGCUACAUUGCUGAGAGGAAGAAGGUGCACCCGGCUGUAGAGGGACGUAUCAAGAUUUCCAACUCAGCUUCAGGAGGACCUGGACACAUGGCUCUGUUAAUCAUGCUGGGGCUAGUGAUGGCUCUGUCUGGGAGACUAUGA